AAUACGAAAGUCGACAAAACAAAUUCAUAUCACCACACUUACAACAGGACUUGUACACUGUCACUGUUUCAGAUACUAUUUUUACUACUUCUUGAAGACCAAGACCACGAUGAUAGAAAUUCCCUAUCUUACUAGGUCCCUCGUCGUUUUUUUUGAUUUUUUAUCCCAAAGUAGUAUCUAUUAUCUAGUAUUUGUUUCUAUCACCCGCGUGACUGUUCAUACAAAAAUGGUGUAACAAAAACAACCCAACAACAUACAUCACUAGUUCUAGUAACAACGAACUCUCUGAAAUAACUGUACUUCUUUUUCUACUAAGACAGCAGGAAAAUAUGAUUGCUUCCGAACACCACCUCGAUCAUGAGAGAGCAAAAUAAUGAUUUCACGUGUAAGCGGAAGCUCCUACUUCGAAAAGCAUGAACAUGAACCUGAACGCGGAUAAAAUUCUAUUGUACUAAGGCAAGUCAGUAGUCGUGGUCGCAUCGGCGAUACUUGCAGUACGAAGUUACAGAAUAAUUCAAGAAGCUUCUUGACUACUCGGCACAUUGUCACGAUAACAUCAACGAGAGAACUUCCAUGUCUUGUUGCAGAGUAUUCUCGGUAACGUCUUUCAUUCGCAAUGAUGUUAUAUGGCAUUUCCUAUAAUAUACGACUUUUGAUCUUCCUGUGCUUGAGUCGCAUCGGUGUUUCGAUCGCAUGAUUGGUUAAAUUGAGAGAACAAGACGACGAGUGCAUCGUCUCGGUAUUUCUAAUUCUACAGCGAUUGAAUACGAAUUACAGGCUUCAGCUUUUUGGCAUCCUUGAUAAUCAUAUUAAUCGUACAACGAGAGCGAACAUAUACUAUGCCGAAUGUGUCCGCGAUAUCUCCUCCUAAUAUUGAGACAAGACAAGAAAGCACUGAGAAGUAUCAUAUAUCCUUGUUUUCCGCCACCACACUGAUUAAUGACUUCCUUAACGGAAAAACUCGAAUAGCACGACCAAUACAUAGGAGCACAACGACAACGAUAACGACUCUCCCCUUGAGACUUGAGUCAAAUUCAAACUUUUUUUUUGUGCAUUAACACUAACAAGACUGCUUACUACUUUUUCACAUCAUUUUGAAUAAGUUGAAUCAAUCAACGCUAUCAAUAACAACAGCAAAAAGAAAAGUAUCUUCUUGUAAGAUAUUUAUAAGUACAAGAACAUGUUGGUCUUUCUUUUUUCUAGUUAGGUCGGCUCCGCCACAAUUUAUAAGUACAAGAACAAGAUCCAAAAACCAAAAAUGCCUGCCUCAGCGUUGGCUUCGAUUGUCCCUCCACUCCUCUCAACGUUGUUGAGUGGGUUUGGUGCCGGAUCCGUCUGCGUUCUUGCGCCAGAUCACUUCGCGGUUGCGUUGAGCCUAAGUCUCACCAGUGUGAGGAAUUGGCGGUCCGCGUUCACGAUCGGAUGUCAAUGGGGCAUUGGGCACUCCACAGGGAUAGUCUUUGUGCUCACGGUGGUGUUUUUAUGGAAGGAGACAGUGAAGAGCUUGGCUAUUUUUAAUCAUUGUACUACAGGGGCGGCUAGUCCAUAAGUUCUAUUCAAUAUUCAUUGUCUCAUAGCGGGUUAAGUUGAACUGCGACAGGGACAUACGACACAUUACUACAAGCUUGUGAAGUACAAGCUUCAGUUGUGCGUCACGUUUUCAACAUUCAUUUUGGAUGUCAAGAGACAGUGCCUUCUUUCUUCCUAUCUUCGAAAAACAUUGAAAAUCUUCAUUUUUGGAUUUCAUCGGUACUACUAUUAAUUUGCUAACAAAAACGACCCUAACCUCCCCCUUCCUUCCUCUUUGCUAACACAAACGACCCUCCUAGCCUUUUCUACCCACUUAUUUCAUAUCCCCUCCUCCGCGCUUCCGUAGCAGAAUCAGUUUUCGGCUCCGUCGUCCGCGUGUCGCAACUAGCCAUUGGCAUGAUACUCCUAUUGCUUGGACUGCUUCACUUCUGGAACGAGGAUGCCUAUUUCGCUGAAUCCAGGAAGAAGGAAGACGACAUCUAUCUAGACGUUGAGGGAGGUGUCUACCUAGACGUUGAAGAAUUGGGAGGCGUCGUGGGUCUGACGAGGAAUUCAGGGUCACUAGCGAACGCGGAGGAUGUGGAAAAGCAGGCUAAAAACAGUGGAGGACAGGAAGAAGAAGGAGCUCAAGUUCUAGACGUGGCACAGGUAGACAAGCCGGUCAGUACAGCUGCUCAUGAUCACGAGAGAGCUUCAAAUAGUUGUAGUUCAUCCACUUCGACUACUGCAGAGAUAUUAUCGCCUCUUGCAAGUGAAGACACUUCUAAAGUGGUCCAAACGAGUUCUGGCUCCUCAACAUCAAAGUCAAACCCUUUGUUGGCCUCCUCAUCUUCUAGUGCUUCCUCUAGAGGUGGAACCAUAGGUGGACGAGGAGCUCUUAGUGGAAUUCUUGGAACACAUACGCACGUUGAUAAACAUCUCGACGAUUGCGCGUGUUGUGCGUGGACUAGGUGGGGACAAUUGCGAAAGUACUUCCGUAGUUCACGGGAUAAGUGGUCCCAAAGCGAGUCUCCUGGAACAAAAAUGAGGACCACACCAAUUAUAGCGACAAAGAAUGAUACUUCCUCAGUAACGCCUGCACGUGCUGCCGAUGAAGCAAAUAGAGAACAGCAACCGUUGUAUCUAAAGGCGGGCGAGGAAAGAACUGAAAGGAGAAGACCUAGAAGUACUACGAGUAGUGCACCUGCUUCGGAGAGGAAGCGCACUUCUUCACCAACUGCCUUCAUUGAUGGAGUGCCAACAACAUCAUCGACAUCAACUUCACAAGCACCACCAGAAACCGCCGAAACGUCAAAAACCACGCCAGUAGACGACCCUGACAUCUUCGUCUGUGAAGAGGUAGAAGCGUCUCCCGCUCCUCCAGCAUCAGCAGUGGUCCGAGAGCGAGAGGGAAGACAAGCUCUUCUAUCUCCAACAUCUCUACUAGUACUACCACCGUCACCGGAUGACGAUCUAUUGUUCGAUGGCGAUGUAGAAGCAGAAGAUGACGAGUUAAUAGUCGAAGAAAUAGAAGAGGAGCAGACGCAAGCUUCUUCGAUCGGCAGUGUGAAAGGUUCAGCGCCUUUCGCCUUCACUGGCGCACCUGUUACAAAAAAGAAAGCGCCACUAAGCUCUUUUCCUGGAGACGAAGAUCUCGACGGGCUCUGUUGUGAUCCUGUGUCAUCUUCUGAAGAUGACGAGCUUAAUAAAGCCGAAAAUGAGCGCAUGAAAGAACAAACUGACGAAGGUGAAGCGUUUCAGGCUACUGCACAGAUCAGGAUAGUACUAGAUGAUGAAUCAGUAGCGCACCCGAGGAGAAUAGUGGAUGAACAACCAGCACAGAGGAUAGCACAACUAGAUGACCCGAGCCUCUUAACUCCUGCUCGGCAACGAGCAUCAGGGCCUUUGACAAGCAUCAGGGCCUUGACACCAGCUAGAAACGAUCUGGUUAUGAAGGGCUUUUCUCAAGGACAUGGUGCAGAUGCAGAAGAAGGAGAUCUAGUACUAGUUAUGAAGUGAUAAUCAGUGAUUUGAUCUUUUUCUUAAAGAAAUCCAAAUCCGACAUAGCCAAAUCAAUUAUCAACACCCUCUAUUUUUUCUUUUUGAAUGAAAAAUUGCAUUCUACUGAAAGAGUUGAUGUACUAGCUACGCUCCAAUUCUAAAAAUCUUCGCCGUCACCAGCAAGAUGACGAGCCGCCACCUUCUUCAGCAAAGGAGGAAACUCCGGAUCCUGGUACUACUGCACUGGCACUGCAGACCCCGAAAGAGGACAAGAAACUCCACCAAAGCCCCUCGGGGACACCUACGUCGACAUGUGUGCCCGAUAGUAGUCCUCCUGGCAGCGCCAUCCGUCCUUUGCGGGAAAGGCUCGACUUUUGGUCUUCGCCGCUUCAGCUUUUCACGACUUCUACGUCCUCUGCAUUGAAGCACGCUACAACUGAAGAAGGCAGCCACGUCUUCGUAGGUGCUGGUGAAUUCGAACUGACCGAAAUGGCGGGAGUGUGGUUAUGACAGGAUUUGUAUAAUAUGUCGUUCGUUCUUAUUAUCACAUGCGCUGCUCCCGCUGCUACUCUCGUUGCCUCGUCGAUCGUUGCCGCUCGUCUUGCUCGCGCUCGCCGCCCCAAUGAAUAGCGAUCAUGCCCGCCCUCCCGCCCGCCGUGAUAGCAUAAGCGGAUUAUAGCAAGAAAAUGAAGAAUGGCAAUGCGCCGCUGCGAACAUCUUUAGAUAUGAACAUGAAGACUUCUGCAUCUAACACAACAAGUUCCCUCCUCUACGUGUCCUGCGAUCGAUUUGGAAGCAGCCAGACCGCUAGGGGAUCGGGAUGAUAAACAUCACGAUGAUCGCCAUGACGAGAUAAACGGCGUACUGACGACGAUUGCGCCAAUAUUAAGGGUCGUUACUUAAUUACAUCCUGCACUACCAUCCUUGGCUCUUUUUCUACUUCAAAGAGGACUCAGGGAUAUUCUUAGGAAUGUAAUUAUGCAGCCUGCUCCAACAAUCUCGUGGCUUUUUUCCGGAGCCAACCGCCACUCCCUCACAACGACGAUAAAGGGACGCGCCAUGGUCUGCCUCGGGUUCCUCCAAGGCUUUUCUUGUCCUUCGAACCUGGUCUCUUUUCUCAUUCUCUCAAAACGACUCAGCGUUCUCGAGUCGAUGCUAUUUGUCCUGGCAUAUACUUAAGGCUUAGUCUCUUAAAAGUGAUUCAUCUUCGUUCUUUAGAUAGAAGAAACUGCUUCUAGUUUGUUAGUUCAUCUCUCUUUAAAAAAGUGACUCAAAGGUCCACUUGGGCUUGAAUUUCCAUGUGCCAAUAUGUUGUGGACCGGUGAGACGCUUGCUCUCCUGAAAGUGAUUUCUUGACUGAAGACAGAUGAUAGAAGCACUUCCUUGUUUCUAAUAGGUUGUCCAUACAUAGAAGAAAUAGCGGUAACGGACUUCUUGGAGUUGUCCUCUCGAGAUGUCGAUCACUAAGCAGUACCACGACUAGGUGGAACAAAAAAAAUCCAAGAAGAGUUGUACACGUAUUAUUUGCGUCUUAAGAUGGUUUACGUCUAUCAUGUCUAUCUCUAGAGUGAUAGAAGAUAUCAAGAUGUCUUCCAAGAAGUCAGCGCUAACUUACGUCGUCGAGCUGCAUUUUGAUGGGCGCUUUUUGUCAUAUAUUGCGCCUGUGCAUCCUUCUGGAACACGAGGCAAGCUUCCAGGAAAGGCAAGAGACCCUCGAAAGCCAGAGAAAAAUGGAGAGGAGGACUACGGAAGGACAAUUUAAUGUAGUUCAUGGAAGGACAAUUUAAUGUAGUUCAAGAUUUUUUGGAGCAGGUUUAAGUUUGUUGCACCAAGAUAGGGAAUAAAAAUCUGAAUAAAACAAGACUUGGCUCCUGUAUCGCUGAAGAUGCAAAAAUUAUUUGAAAACAAAUUUUGAGGAAACGAAACCUCUAAUCAAAAGCGCAACAUCUACCGGUUUGGCUGUAUUCUACUUUGCGUCGCUGGAACCGUCUUUCUUCUCGAAAGUCUGUUCGGCAUCCACGUAUUGGACGCUCUUGGCCUACACAACCACGAACACGAACACGAUCAUCGCGGUGAGGACGAAGGAGGUUUUUAUCAUGCUCAGGGACAUGAAGAUGAGCAUGAGGAUCAUGUCGGAGCAGGGCACGCAGAUCAUGUUAAGGUUCCGGAAAUUCAUCUUCAGAAGUAUCUUGGAGCUUCCGCGUAAGGGUGAAACAACGUCCAAGAUCAUGGGUUUCAAGAUGGAUUUCCCGAAGGUCUAAGAAUGCCUCAUCUGGAGGGCAGGGACACGCAGAUCAUGCUUCAUCUGGAGGACACGAAGAUCUUCAUUACCGUCAUCCUGAACAUGACAAACAUGUACCUCAUUACGGUGAAAGUGAUGAUGUUGGAGCUCCCGACUUGCAAGGUGAUCUAAAAAAGUAAGGCUGCAUCGGGGAAGAGUUGCUGGUUUACUACUCGUUUCCAUGUUCAUGUAGCGUCAAUGGUUGCAUUUGUCACUAAAUCGAGUUCUUAUGACACAUUGCUGAGCUGAUUUUGAAUUCGCUUAGGAUUUGCCGUUUACUUGCGUCAGCCUAUUCAUUCGCCCAUAAUGCAUUUGUUCAUAGACGCAUAGAAUUAGAAAAUUUGAGUUCUCAAACUCACCGAAGUGUGAAUAUAUUUAACUAGAGCCUUAACUGUAUUUUUUUCCCUUCCUCACGUUCUCACGCUAUAUUCAAUCGUCUAUACGUGGUUAACGUCAUGAGCCGGAAUCUGUUUCGUGGCAGACCGAACCUAACCUAACCUAACCUAACCUAAGCUGUUAGACUAACUGUCAGUCAUGUGGCUGGAGAAAUUUGAUAUCUGACUCAGAGGCAGAAUUUGUAGUCAACAUGAAAUAUGCACAGGAGAUGUGAGCACUCACCAGGAACCGCCAGCAUGAUGAAGCUGCACAUGGAACUUAUGGGAGUUGGAUUCCAACUUGCAGACCUGCAAAGCAACUAAUCUGUCUAUAGAAGUUUCAAAUAGUCAAAGACUGAAAAAGGCGAUCACAUGGAGGAAUCCGAAAGCGAAGAAAAUUCCGCACGUUCGUUCCUUGUGGGUUCUUCGUUCUGAUAGAAUGUGUUGUAGUGCUCGUGGCUUAAGGAUAAACUGUUCUUGUUCGAAAGAUCAGGAUCAGGGUCGAAGUGAAAAUGUAACAAGAAACGUUCCACGUCUUCUACCGAGGGACAUUAUAGGUCAUACAUAGGUACUAGACUCAGCCUUGCCUAUCUUUGGAGGUGGAUCAGGGAUUUAGAGGAUGUAGCUUUUUUCUUGUGAGUGGUCAAUUUAUGUGCAUCAUGAGGAG